CGUGCGCCCAAGCCGCGAUACAAGACAAGGCGAGCACGCCGCUCAGACACUCACACGAAUGGAGGUGAUCCAAGCAGAUGACAAAAAACAUGUUGUAUCCGGCGACCGGGCUCAAGAUGAGCUUGCCGACUACCCCUGGGUCAUCCGCACGCCCUUGAAACUCUGCGUCGACUUCAUCUCUUCGGGGUUUCGCUUGGUCCGACCAUAUGCGCCUCAACUUAUUCCGCUGGCUGUCUUUGUAUCCGCAAUUCCUGCGCUACUGUUCUUUUCGUUUUCUUCUGGGUGGUUUGUGUGGAGAAGUAUUGCGGUGGGAUGGGAGAUACCUUUGUACCUUCAAUAUGGUGAUGGUGUAUCUCCAUACACCAGUGUCUCGUUACCUGCGCUUGUGUCACGCCAAGCGUACGACAUUUCCUUACACCUGCAAGUUCCAACAAACCCGUCGAACAUAGACUUAGGGAAUUUUAUGGUGGACAUCACUAUAACGAGCGGAAACAAUCAUACAGUAGCAACUUCUCGACGGACUGCCUUAGUUUUUCCGAAGUUCUCUACACCGCUCUCCAUUAUCUGGAAUAAGCCGGGGAUGGCUGAGUUGAACAUUCCUAUGCUUGAUAAUGUGGAAUUUGGGACAGUAAGUGCCUUCGCGCGCGUCGAAAUUGGGCGACGCGAUCACUGGAAGACCAUAAGGAGUGGCGAAGGGCGGGAGCUAAGCGUGUCAUCCGCGAUGCUGCGCGGUGUCGUAGUGUCAAGGAAAGAGAGAAGGGCGAAGUAA